CGCGUUUUUCGUUUUGCUUUCGCUUCUAUAAUUCUGUUCUCUACGCUAUCUUUGGUUAGGGUUUGUUUGUUUGGAUUCAGUGAAUAGUGUGAUCUGAGAUCGGUGACGGCAAUGGCGACGAAGCAGCAAUUGGAGAAGAUGUCGGCACGGCAGUACUACCGUAAUCUCUGGCACACAGAUCUCAUGCAUGCCAUCUCGGCUGAUUGUCCCUAUUGUUGCUUUGCAACGUUCUGUGCUCCCUGUGCAUCAUACAUGUUGCGGAGACGAGCUCUUUACAAUGACAUGUCAAGGUAUGUGUGCUGUGGUGGAUAUAUGCCAUGCAGUGGUAGAUGUGGAGAAAGCAGGUGCCCUGAAUUUUGUCUCUGCACUGAGGUUUUCCUUUGCUUUGCAAAUUCAGUUGCCAGCACACGUUUUAUGUUGCAAGAUGAGUUCAAUAUACAGACAACAAAAUGCGAUAACUGCAUUAUUGGAUUUAUGUUCUGCCUCCAGCAAGUGGCAUGCAUAUUCUCUAUAGUUGCUAUGAUAGUUGGAAGUGAUGAAAUUGAAGAGGCCUCACGGAUAUUGUCAUGUCUUUCUGACAUUGUUUAUUGCUCGGUUUGUGCUUGUAUGCAGACACAACACAAGAUUGAAAUGGAUAAAAGAGAUGGUAAAUUUGGGUCUCAACCAGCAAUGGCAGUGCCUCCCACUCAACAGAUGUCACGUGUAGAUCAGCCAAUUCCUCCACUAGUUGGCCAUCCUUCUGAACCUUCAUAUGGGCAACCGCAUGGCUACCCCCCUCCUGGUCAAGUUCAAGAUUAUCCUGCUGCUGGUUAUCCUCCUCCACAGGCUUACCCUCCACAUGCUUACCCUCCUCAGGCUUACCCUCCACAGGCUUAUCCUCCUCAGGCUCACCCUCCACAGGCUUAUCCUCCUCAGGCUCACCCUCCACAGGCUUAUCCUCCUCAGGCUUACCCUCCUCAGGCUUACCCUCCACAGGCUUACCCACCACCCGCACAACCUCAUGCUGACAGGUGAAUUGGGCCAUGAUUCAUGAUGAUGUGCGAGUAAAACCGCUCCAAAAUCUUGAUCUGUUAAUCCAGUGGUCUCCUUGGAGUUUCUGUCUUACAAAUAUCAGGAAUGGAUUUGGUAUUAAUGAUUAAUAUUACUAGUUUGUAAAGCAAAACUGUUCCAUAUUUUUGUGCUGCUUUUAUCAUUGUGGCUAUCAUAAUUCAAUAUAAGAAUUGUUAAUAAGUUGAACUUGUUAUGUUCUUUAAGUUGUCCUACAUUAUACACUUCCAUCUCUUUACCAAUCUAAAUUCUUUAUUCCUUUCUAUUGUCUCCUGAGAAAAGAAGAAAAAGGUACGAGAUUUGAAUGUUUACAUUUACCCUGGUUCAUCCAAAUAAUCAUACAAGCUAUUUGAUCUGAUUUAGUUUGCAAUUCUCCUUUUCUUUCCACUGGUUUCUCAAGAACCAAACACAGCUGCAGGCUUGUUUCUCACCCUGGGGAUUUAUGAAAAAUCGGUGAUUAAGGUCAGCUCCUUCCUUUUCUCUGUGUGCAUGAUAUAUCCAUUUUAGGCUUUUUUUUUUUUUUUUUUAAGUGCUAAUAUACUUGGCUGGAAGUAUUCUUCAAAAGUAGCUGUCCCAUGUUGAACAACCCCUUUGGUCUCUGAAAAGCUACAUCUUGGUUUUGAGAAUUUCUUGUCCAUGCUCUUCUCCAAACGAGUGAAGCUACAAAGAAAAAGUAUGGGAAGCCAAGCCUUUUCCGGCUUUAUAUCCUGUACCUCUUGUACUUGUACUACAACUUUUCUUUCUUUUGUAUCUAGAUCAGAAGUGAAAUCUGCUUUAUGUAACCAUCACUGGGAGCAUCACUGUACUGCUGUUGUGCAGCUGUGGCCUGACAUGCCACCAGGAUAAGAGGAUGGAAAAGAAAUUAAAGUUGUUUGGCAUCUGAGAAAUCCGAAGAACCUUGGGUCAACUCAAGAUUAAAGGUUUGUGAUUGCUAACAAUUUUUUUAGUAUUUGUGUUCUUUAAUGCUUGGAAUGAAAGGGAGUUCAUUUAAUAUCAUUGAGUCCGAAUUCUAGAGAUUAAUGGUAAUAGUUUAAUGGGCUUGACAUUACUUC